GCUAGGAAGUUUCUAGAUACUCGAGUACUUCUCUAUUCUGCAGCCAAUUAAUACGCUCGAAAAAUUUGUGUGUAAUGACAAAUGGACAAAUGUAAUAUCAGCCAUAUGGCGUCGUUGAUGUUUUGCGUUUUCCGCAUCCGGUUUUGAAUGAGUCGCGAAAUCGCGGUGUUUGCAUUAUACUUGUCGUGCACUUCAUUAAAGUGAUCCAGAGUCAAAACAUAAAUAACAUAAGUACGCAAUAGCGUGCGAAUAACAUUACUCCGGAAGAUUUGUUCAUAAUCAGCGGCGACAUGGAGGUACCUGUGUUCAGUGACAAUGUCGCACAACAGUUGAAAGAGUUCGCUCGGAGAUGCAUGAAUGAUGUGUCUCUUCUACAUGAUCCAAAACUAUCCUUCAUCAAAGAGUUAAUAGAACAUUAUGGUGGUAAGGUGCCGGAAGCUAAAGCAAACGGUUCGUCAGACACUAAAACAGAAUCCGAAAGCAAACCUGCGCAACCUGCACAAUCUGAAUCGGAACCCGAAACCGAGGAGAGUGAAGAGAGCGACUUGGAUCUGGACAUGACUGGCGUAAUUGAACCAGAUCAAGAUACUCCUCAAAAAAUGGGGAAUUCGACUUUACAGCCCACAGAGGAGGAAAUUGCAGAGUCACAGGCAAAAAGAUCCGAAGCAGUCUCGGCGUUCGUGGAAAAGGAUUAUGAGAAAGCCAUACACCUUUAUACAGAGGCCAUUGUAUUGAAUCCUCAGGCGGCAUUGCUGUAUGCUAAACGCAGUCAAGUCUUCCUGAUAUUGAAGAAGCCGAAUGCUUGCAUUCGCGAUUGCGACCGUGCUUUGGAAUUGAAUCCAGAUAGCGCAGCAGCACACAAAUUCCGAGGAAGAGCCUAUCAUCUGCUUGGAAAAUUCGAGGAAGCGGCAAACGAUCUGAGAUUAGCCUGCAAACUAGAUUUCGAUGAGCAAGCAGACGAAUGGCUACGUGAGACCACGCCGAAUGCGCGAAAGAUAGAGGAACACAAGAGAAAGAGGGAACGAAAGGCGCAAGAAAAAUUGGAGCGUGAGAGACAAGAAAGAUUGCGGAAAGCGCGAGAGGCUGCCAAAGCUCGCGAGGAAAACACACGAACUUCCCAAACGGAUGCGGGCAAUACACCUCCCGGGGCAGGAGAGUUCUAUCAAUUCCUUAAGGAUCCUGAAGUACGUCAAGCUUUCGAGGAUCCAGAAGUGGCCGACGCCUUCAAGGAUAUUUCCGCGCAUCCGAUGAAUAUCCUCAAAUAUCAGAACAAUCCCAAGAUAAUGGCCCUCAUCAAUAAGAUGGCUUCGAAAUUUGGCGGUGCUGGCGGCAUGCCCGGCGGGAUGAAUUUCCCGGGCGGUAUGCCCGGUUUUCCGGGUGCCGGGGCAGGUUUCAAUCCCCCGAAUCCAUCUCCUCACGAUGACGUUGGUCUCGAUUAAUCGCGAUCUAAUCAUCUUACAACGAAUACGAAGAGCGUAUUACAUUUUGAGUAAAGUUGACUCAUUAAAGGCUGAUUUAUUAAUCUCUCCUUCAAUUACACUGAAACAAAAUUUGAUUGUUUUUGCAUCAUGAAUGUGAAUAGUCAUUUUCGACAUAUUUUUGCCUGUUUAACACGAAUCUGUUGGCAAAAGUUGGCUAUUACGUCACAAUUUUGAAAAGAAUGACAUCAAAGAGACUGAAAAUGAUGAUUCGGAGGAUUUUCAAAAAGUUGCAACAUCGGCAGUUAAUUUUUUUUUUGCUUAACUUUGUUAAUGCCACAUGAAAGCAUCAACUUUCAGCUUUAAAAUGCAUUUUGGUUCAUUACGAUAUAUUUCUCUAUCAGUGCAGUUACAAUAUCUUGAAAACUCUCAAAAUUGUGACAUGAUAGUUAACAUUUCAUGCCAACGAAUUUAUAACAAGCUGUAAGACGGAGAAUGGAAAAAUUUGAAGGAACCGCUCAAGCCUGGGGAAGGGCGAGAAAUAUUUCCGUAGGAGGGAAAUAGGCUGGUGAAUAACUCCUAGGAAGUAUCGAUAAUGUCAGGAUAAACAGGAUUUACUUGGAAAGGGAUACGAGCAUUCGAGCAGAGUCUUACCGAAAACAAGUCGACACUCAAUACUUUUAGUAAAUCAGUUUAUUAACCGGUGCUCUCUCCUCGACGAUCGAACGAUAGCCAACGGAUUCGUGUUCAGCAGGCAAAAAUACGUCGGAAAUGACUACUUCACACUCGUGAAUGCAAAAUGGUGUUCCACAGGAUUACUAAUUUCUCCUUUGAGGUUGUGCUAGAAAAAGAACUCAUCAAAAAGAACUGAUAAUUUGAAGGGUCCUUUAUAAUAUAGAAUUAAUUAUAACAUU